AAUACGUUUUAAUAUCUGAUAGGGCCAGUUUCUGCGCAUUGCACUUUUUUUCCUUUCAGGAACGUGUUCGGGCCCGCGGCAGGGGGCGGGGUCGCGCCUCCGCCUCGGCUCUGGUUCCAGCCUAGCCUCACCAAGGCAGAGAUGGAAAUCCCGAGGCUGCUCCCGGCUCGCGGGACACCACAGGGCGGCGGCGGCGGCGGCUGCUGCCCCGCGGGUGGCGGCGGGGUGCCCGGAGCCCCGGACUCUCUGGCUUGUCAGGCCCCCACGCGCCGCCUCCUCCUGCUCCGGGGGGCCCAAGAUGGCGGGCCGGGGCCGCGGAGCGCAGAGGCCCAGAGGGCCUCACGGGGCCUGGGCCCGAGCCCUAGCGCGAACCGCUUGGCGCCGAGGCCGGAUCCCCGGAGCCGCGGCGGCGGCGGCGGCGGAGGAGGAGGAGGCAGAGGCGGCGGCGGCGACGACUUCUUCCUGUUGCUGCUCGACCCGGUGGGUGGCGACGUAGAAACGGCGGGCGCGGAGCAGGCCGGAGGGCCGGUGCGGAGGGAGGAGGCCGGGACAGGCCCGGGGCCAGAGCGGCGUGCGAGCGGCGUGGCGAACCCCGCGGGCCGGCCCGAGCCGGGGCUCCGGCGCCCGUCGGCCGCGCCGGCUCCGUCGCCGCUCCCCGCGGCGGGCCCGAGCCCGGGCCCCGGCCCCGCGGCGGCCUUCGCGGGCACCAUCACCAUCCACAACCAGGACUUGCUGCUGAGCUUUGAGAACGGCUUCCUCACCCUGACCACGCCCCCGCUGCCCGCCUGGGAGCCAGGGGUCGCGCCGGUCCCGCAGCCGCAACCCGGGGUCCCCGGCGGCCCCGGCGGCCCGGACGGCCCGCAGGCCGGCUGCCCGCCCGCCGCCGCGGCAGCCGCCGCUGCCGCCGCGGCAGCCGCCGCUGCCGCCGCGGCCGCCGGCUCCUCGCAGCUGGGCGACUGCCCCGAGCUGCCACCCGACGUCCUGCUGGCCGAGCCGGCGGAACCCGCGCCCGCGCUGGCGCCUCCGGAGGAGGAGGCCGAGGCCCCGGCCGCCGCCCAGAGCCCCCGCGGGCCUCUCGGCCCGGGCCAGAGCCAGGGCCCGGGCCCGGGCGUGCUGCUCUACCUGUGCCCGGAGGCGCAGUGCGGCCAGACCUUCGCCAAGAAGCACCAGCUGAAGGUGCACCUGCUGACGCACAGCAGCAGCCAGGGCCAGCGGCCCUUCAAGUGCCCCCUGGGCGGCUGCGGCUGGACCUUCACCACCUCCUACAAGCUCAAGAGGCACCUGCAGUCGCACGACAAGCUGCGGCCAUUCGGCUGCCCGGUGGAGGGCUGCGGCAAGAGCUUCACCACCGUGUACAACCUCAAGGCGCACAUGAAGGGGCACGAGCAGGAGAACUCCUUCAAGUGCGAGGUGUGCGAGGAGAGCUUCCCCACGCAGGCCAAGCUCAGCAGCCACCAGCGCAGCCACUUCGAGCCCGAGCGGCCUUACCAGUGCGCCUUCUCCGGCUGCAAGAAGACCUUCAUUACCGUGAGUGCCCUGUUCUCUCACAACCGCGCCCAUUUCAGGGAACAGGAACUCUUCGCCUGCUCCUUCCCAGGCUGCAGCAAGCAGUACGACAAGGCUUGCCGCCUCAAGAUUCACCUGCGGAGCCACACGGGAGAGCGGCCUUUCCUUUGCGACUUUGACGGCUGUGGCUGGAACUUCACCAGCAUGUCCAAACUCCUGCGACACAAGAGGAAGCACGAAGACGACCGCAGGUUCACCUGUCCCGUGGAGGGCUGCGGCAAGUCCUUCACCAGGGCCGAACACCUCAAGGGCCACAGCAUCACCCACCUGGGCACGAAGCCCUUCGUGUGCCCCGUCGAAGGCUGCUGUGCCAGGUUCUCUGCCCGCAGCAGCCUCUACAUCCACUCCAAGAAGCACUUGCAGGACGUGGGCACCUGGAAGAACCGAUGCCCGGUCUCCACCUGCAACAAACUCUUCACGUCCAAGCACAGCAUGAAGACCCACAUGGCCAAGAGGCACAAGCUCAGCCAGGACCUCUUGGGCCAGCUCGAAGCCACCAACUCUCUCACGCCCAGCAGUGAACUGGCCAGCCAGGGGCAGAGCGAUCUCAGCAGCCCCGAGCUGGUGUCUCUCUUCUCGGAUGUGCCCGGCCACAGUUCUGCCGCGGCGCUGGACACGGCCCUGGUCAACUCUGGCAUCUUGACUAUUGACAUGGCCUCUGUGAACUCCACUCUCGCAGGAGGUCUCCCUGCCGAGAACAGUAACCAUUCCUUAGGGCCAGCGGCGGACCCCCGGGCCCAGAGGGCCCCCAGUGACCUUCCCCAGGGACUGGAUACCUCUCUCUUCUUCGGAACCUCGGUGGCCGCUUAUCAGCAGAACCCCUUAGACAUGGACGAUGUCCCCGGGGGAAGCGUGGGGGGGCUCUUUGGCUCCCUGGCCCUGAAAAACUCAAGCCUGGAGCCCCAAGCUUUGACACCCAGCAAUAAGUUAACCGUGGACACGGAAGCUCUGACUCCCUCCAGCAAGCUUUGUGAAAACAGUGUCUCAGAACUGCUGACCCCUGCCAAAGCCGACUGGAACGUGCAUCCCGACUCUGACUUCUUUGCGCACGAGGAAGAGACCCAGUUUGGAUUCUCCAACCCAAUGGGAAGCCACGGUUCUCAGAAAGAAACAGAUCUCAUCACAAUGACUGGCACCCCGUUUUUGGUAUGAACCUACUCUGCCCUGCCUGCCCAGCCUUGCCCUGCCCUGCCCUGCCCUGCCCUGUCGUGCCCUGCCGUGCGGCUCACUUUUAUCACACUCUGGUCUGAGGCCGUUCUGGAAGGAGUGCUUCUGUGCAGUCGUUUCUUGCUGCUUUGCAGAGGAACGCGUCUGUGGACUACAAAUUUAGAGAUUUACAUUCUCAUCCUGGGCCUGGAACUCAUGAGUUCUGUGACCUUCAGCAAGUCUCCCAACCUAGCUGAGCCUUACUUCAUUAUUUAUAAAAGUAUCAUUUUGUGUAGAUUGUUUCUACUUCCUUUUCUUUGUAUUCCUUUGAUGUAAUUUUUAGGGUAUUUUUUAGUGGUUACCUUUGAUUCUAAUGUGAUGAAAAGGGCUAUGAUCCCUUUGAACAUUAAAUGGUCAGUGCUAGGUGAACUGGUGUUUUUAAGUUUUAAUAUAAAUAAUACCUCAUUUUCACAACAUACAUAAUAGUAGUAGAAUGUAAAAAUACAGAGUAUUAUUUGGUUCUUUGUCAGUUUUCUUGUGUUGCCUAGAAAUUGGAAGUUUUAUUUUCUUUUUUGAAAAAUGUCAGGGUUUUGCUAUAUUAUAAGCAUAGCUUAAAACAUUGCCUAGUUACCAUUGAAAAAGUGGCCUUAUAUUAGUGAUUUCGUCUUGCUGAGCCUUACUUUCCGAGCUUUAUAGUCGUUGUGAAAAUGCACAUUGUUCUCAUGGAUUUGAAUCAGUUUUAUGCUUGGGAUUGUUACUGGGGGGUGGGGAUAUCAUGUUUUCACUUUUGUCAGUCUUCAGUUUUCUUCUCCCCCUAUUUCACCUCUUUAAGUCUUAGACAACAAAAGUUAACAAAAAGUUAACAAAUGUUUAUGUCAUAGUUUUGCAUCCAGUAAAAGUUUAUGAGCAUUAAGCAAACAUGGGAAUUUGUUCCUUCCACAGAUGGUGGAGGACUUUCUCUACAGUGUUCUUAGUUAACAUUGGUCACAGUUCCAUUUGUCCAGUACUAGUGUCUGCUCUGAAUCAGUGCCAGCUCUCAGCCUGGUUCUACUAGUCUAAUAAAAUUGGAGAACGGA